GGCCGGGCGCGGGGCGCUGUGCACCAUUGGCACGCCGCACGGCUGGGCAUGGAGGAACGCGGCGAUUCCGAACCAACCCCGGGUUGCAGCGGCCUUGGCCGGGUCGGCAUGCGUAGCGGAGGCGGCGGUAGCUGCGACCUGUGGGCCCCCGAAGACGCCUGGAUGGGCACCCACCCUAAGUAUUUAGAGAUGAUGGAAUUAGAUAUAGGAGACGCUACCCAAGUUUAUAUAGCAUUCUUGGUUUACCUGGAUCUCAUGGAGAGUAAAAGUUGGCAUGAAGUAAACUGUGUGGGAUUACCAGAACUCCAGCUCAUCUGCCUUGUUGGUACUGAGAUAGAAGGAGAAGGGUUACAGACUGUAGUGCCAACACCCAUCAGUGCAUCCCUCAGUCAUAACAGGAUAAGGGAGAUCUUAAAGGCAUCUCGAAAAUUGCAAGGAGACCCAGAUUUGCCGAUGUCAUUUACUUUGGCCAUAGUGGAGUCUGAUUCCACAAUAGUCUAUUAUAAGCUCACUGAUGGAUUUAUGCUGCCAGACCCUCAGAAUAUUUCACUUAGAAGAUGA